AUCUGGAUACUAGAAAUACAGUGAGAGUGAGAGUCGCUUAUCAGAUAAUAUAGCUACCGCUCCGAUACCCUCGUUGUAUGCAACUGACACAGGAAUAGCUAUGAAGUCACAGAUCGGCGUCGCCCUCCUGACCUCCAGUUAUAAUUAUAGCGGAAGUUCUCUUCGCCCGCACAUUUCCUUCCACCUCGUUGGUAGAUAGCACUGCCUCCGCUACACCUUACCACCUACUCGUAGUUUAUCUGUGAUUGUGUUAGGCUAGAAGUGAUGCUUCUACUCGCCUUUUGCCUUCUCUUCUUUACUGGACGAGGGCUGGCUCAGUGCUAUACCAGCGCCAACUGUACAGGAAAUCAAAUCGCAGACGCAGGUCAACGACACUGCUGCGUGGAAACAAACGAUGGUCUCUCAUUCAACAGUGGAACCUCUUGUCAUCUCUGCAUUGUUCAUGGGUUCCUCCAAACCGAGUAUAAUUUAACA